AAAUCCAUCUUCAGCAAACUUUUUCCAGAGAGAGAGAGGAGUCUUCAAUACAAAGAAGAUUUCUUUCUUUUCACUGCUGUAGAAAGAUUUUUCGAAAUCCGAGUUCUUGAAAAUCGUUUCGAUUGAUCUAAUCUUUCUACGGUGGUGAGAAGUCUUAAUCCUCAAAAUAAAAUCCCAAAUGGCUCGCUAUUUCUCAAACGUUAAGGUUGUUUUCGAUGUGAUCUCUAAGGCUGUCGCGAGGAGAGGUUAUGCUACGGCCGCGGCUCCCUCACAAGGACGAGUUGUGUCUAACGUGGCUGCAGCUGGUCCGAGAAGCAGCAGCGCACCUGCGAUGGUGAAGAAGGAAGGGGAGAAGGUUUCGUGGGUGCCGGACCCCGUCACCGGUUACUACAGACCGGAGAGUGGUGCGGAGGAGAUUGAUGUGGCGGAGCUCCGUGCUUUGCUCCUUAAGAAGCAUUAAAGACAGAUUUGAACGAAGUCUGGCACUCUCAUGCCGGGUUUCCAUAGAAGGCCGUCGAUGUGCGCUUUGAAUUAAAAUCAAUGUAACAUCAAAGGAUUGAUUUGGCUUUUCCUCCUCUGUUUUAGGCACCAUUAGAGAGAGAUUCUUGGGAUGUAAUUUUCGUUUUCACAGAAUGAAUAAAGAACAGUUACUUAUUUAUAAUCAGAAGAGAUUGUUUGUCGUUCUUUU